CAUUGAUUGGUAUGAAUUCAAUGUCCGAGUCCAUUAGGAGUGAUAUCGCCGCAUGGCUUGAUUACGAUCCAUGCGCUGCUUUGCAAUCACUAUAGAAGCAUUCCUGCCAUGUUGCCUGAAGUGCUCCUGGGCUAGCUAGUGAGGCACGACUGCGUCUACGGUCCUCUGUUUGAUGCAAAGAUGACUGCAUCAUACCGCGUACUGUACUAUCUAUAUAAACCACGUACAUUCCUAUCACAUACGGACCACUGAACCAAAGUCAAGCCAUUUAACCAUCUCGCAGCAUCAUAGCUAUUCGAUAUUCAUAUCAACAAGCAACUCGAUAUCCGGAAACUGUAGCAAACGAACAAAGUACACAAUCCAGCCGCAGCCAUGGCCAAAGUCAAUACCGCGGACCUCAAACUCGCCAAAAACGACCUUAUCGAGCGCGGCUCCAAAGACCCAACGCCCCUCGGUUCCGCCAUAUUCGUUGGCUUCCGCUUCCUCGAUCCGCUCUGGCAAUAUCAACUUCUCGCUUACGGGACUGGCAAUGCACUCAUCACCAGACUCGGCGGCACAGUAAUCCCUCCAGGUAUCGCCGUACACACGGGUAUCAGCUCCAUAGACUCUCUCGGACUGUCACCACAUCGCUUAGUGCUACUGGGUAUGGGUAUCGGCGCGAUGCUCAAGCAGAACCACUGGCAGCUGUUCCUUUCAGGUGAGCCAAUGCCGGUGCCUGCAGCGCUAAUGGUGGGCACGUUCAACAUCUUCCUGGAUACGCUGAGUACAAUCUUCUUCCUGAACCGCUUUACUUCCACGGCGCAAGCGGGCGAGACCACGCUGUCCGCCAAAGUGGUAGUUGGAGGUGCACUGUAUGUUCUUGGACUUGCGCUAGAAUGGUAUUCUGAGAUACAGAGGAAGGCUUUCAAGGCUAACCCCAAGAACGAAGGGAAGGCGUACACGGGCGGUCUUUGGAGUCUGGCGCGGCAUAUUAACUAUGCUGGGUAUGCAUUGUGGCGGACUGGGUUUGCUAUGGCGAGUGGGGGGCUUGCUUGGGGGGCGGUCAUUGCAGCGCUGAACAUGAGUGUGUUCAUUGGCAGUAGCAUCCCUAUCCUAGAUGAGUACUGUGAUAAGAGAUAUGGUGAACAAUGGGCGGCUUUCAAGCGUCAGACUCCUUACAAGCUGUUUCCAUACAUCCUAUGAGCCAUGGCAUAUGGCCAUAACCUCGGUAUCAUGUAAGAGCAAAAGAAGUAGUUAAGUCAAAUCUAGAGUUCUACUGUAGCGUUGCAUCAUACACAACAUAUCGUAUCAUUCACAGAAUGAUCAUACAACUGUAUUCCAACGCCUGGGUAUGCCAACAAGA